AUGGCUUUGGACCCGUCGAGCGGCUUUGCGGCCGCUGCAGAGAUUGAAGAUGAUAGUUCUCUGCCUAUUUUUGACGUCCAGCGCGUCCAGCUGCAGUUCUCCAUCGCCGCCUCUUUUGUUGCCGCCCAGGUGGCCAACAACGUCCUCGUCCUCGCUCUUUCCAAUGGGCGCAUCCUCCGCAUCGACCUGAACCGGCCCGAGGACAUUGACGACAUCGAUCUUCCAAAGCGCCCGUCCGAGGUCGGGGUGAUCCAGCGCAUGUUUCUCGACCCGACAGCUUCCCACCUCAUCAUCUGUACGGCACUGGGCGAAAGUUACUACCUCCAUUCUCAAUCGCGCCAGCCGCGCCAGCUAGCCCGCCUGCGUGGCAUUUCUGUCCAGAGCAUUGCGUGGAACCCGUCGCUGCCGACAUCGUCCACGCGCGAGAUUCUCAUCGGUGCGGCCGAUGGCAACAUAUACGAGACGUACCUCGAGACGUCCACCGAAUUCUACCGCAAGGAGGACAAGUACUUGAAGAACCUGGCCCACCUGUCGGAUGGUCCCAUCACGGGGCUCUGGGUAGAUGCCCUGCCUGCCCGAACGGACCAGUAUCGCCGCGUUCUCGUCAGCACUCCAUCACGGCUGCUUCACUGGGCUGGCAAGAUCGGCCGUGCCCAAGAGGGCGGCGCAUCGAUCUACACCAGACUGUUUGACGCCGAGCAGCCGGUCAUUCACGAGAGUGCCACGCCCUCUGGCGGUAGCGGCUCUGUGGCGUCCUCUGCUUCGACACCAAGUCCGGCGCCCGCGUCCUCUUCGCUCUCUCCCUCUGCGCUCGUGGUUUCCCCCGAUCCCGAGGCCAGCAGGCCGUACGAAGAAGCAGUUCCCGACCGUGCCUUUGCUUGGCUGUCAGCUCAGGGCGUGUACCAUGGCAAGCUCCUCGUGGCACCGACCAAGCCCGAGCUGGGGUCCAUGGUGUUUGCAGAGUCGAAGCUGAUCCCCAGGACACAACUGGCGACGUCCCUUCCCGACACGUCCAGCUGGGGGCGGAAGCGGGGAGGUCCUGAAGCGAUAGAGGCAAUUGCCUUGACGCAAUGGCACGUCAUCGGCAUUGUCGGCAGCCGCGUUGUCGCUGCCAACCGGCUGACGGGUACGGUCGUGUAUGACCAGGCCAUCCUCGACCAAGGCGACAAAGCGAUCGGGCUGUGCGUGGACCUGCAGAAAAGCACGUUCUGGCUCUUCACGUCGCAGGAGAUUUUUGAAGUGGUAGUCCGCGACGAGGACCGCGACGUGUGGAAGAUCAUGCUGCAGCUGCAACAGUUUGACGCGGCCAUGCAGUACGCCCAUUCGGCAGCCCAGCGAGACGCUGUGGCCACGGCUUCGGGAGACUAUCUCAUGGGAAAGGGCAUGUUCGACGAGGCGUCGGGGAUCUACGGGAAGAGCAGCAAGCCGUUCGAAGACGUGGCGCUUGCGCUGAUCGACCGGAACCAGCCAGAUGCGCUGCGCAAGUACCUCCUGACCAAGCUGGGGACGUACAAGAAGACGGCCAUCAUGCAGCGGAUGAUGAUAGCCAGCUGGCUCGUGGAGAUCUUUAUGGCCAAGCUAAACUCGUUGGACGACUCGAUCACGACCAGGGCGGAGCUGUCGGCGACACGGACGCCGGCAGAGACGCGCGACCAGCUGAGGACGGUGCGAGACGAGUACCAGUCGUUCGUGGUGCGGAACAAGGCCGACCUGGACCGCAAAACGGUGUACGACAUCAUCAGCAGCCACGGGCGCGAAGAGGAGUUGCUGUUCUUUGCCAACACGAUCAAUGACUACCACUACGUGCUCGCGUACUGGGUGCAGCGCGAGAAGUGGGCCGAGGCGCUGAACGUGCUGAAGCGACAGACGGAUGCCGAGGCCUUCUACCGGUACAGCAGCGUGCUCAUGAUGCACGUGGCCACAGACCUGGUGGACGUAUUGAUGCGGCAGGGCGGCGGGGUCAAGCCGCGAAGCAUCAUCCCGGCGCUGCUCGAAUACGACGAGCACUACAAGGGCCCGCUGGCACAGAACCAGGCGAUCCGGUACCUGCAGUACGUGGUCAACCAGCUACACUCGGCCGAUGCAGCGGUGCACAAUACGAUGGUGGCAAUCUACGCGGCACACCCAUCGGCAGACGAGACGGCCCUACUGUCGUAUCUUGAGUCGCAGGGCGACGAUCCGCGCUUCGAUGCGGAUUUUGCGCUGCGGCUGUGCAUCCAGUACCGACGGGUGCUCUCGUGCGUGCACAUCUACACGAACAUGGGGCAGUACGUGCAGGCGGUGGACCUGGCGCUCUCGCACGACGCCAUCGAACUGGCAGCGGUGGUGGCAGACCGGCCGAUGGGCAACACGGCGUUGCGCAAGCGGCUGUGGCUGGCGGUAGCGCGCAAGGUGAUAUCGCAGCAGUCCAACAGCAGCAUCAAGACGGCCAUCGACUUCCUCAAGCGCUGCGACCUGCUGAAGAUCGAGGACCUGAUCCCGUUCUUCCCCGACUUUGUCGUGAUUGACGACUUUAAGGAGGAGAUCUGCGCCGCGUUGGAGGACUACAGUCGCGAGAUCGAGGGUCUGAAGAAGGAGAUGGACGACAGCAGCCAGACGGCAGCCAACAUCAAGGGCGACAUUGCCGCGCUAGACCAUCGAUAUGCCAUUGUCGAGCCGGGUGAGAAGUGCUCGGUGUGCGGGUUGCCGCUGCUGAGCCGCCAGUUCUUUGUCUUUCCGUGUCAGCACGCCUUCCACUCGGACUGUCUCGGCCGUCGCGUGCUGGAGCAGUCGAGCCUGGCGGCCAGCCGGAAGAUUAAGGAGCUGCAGGUGCAGAUCACCAAGGGCUUUGUCAGCGGGCUGAAGAAGGACGCCAUGGUUGCAGAGCUCGACGCGCUCGUUGCAUCCGCCUGCAUCCUUUGCAGUGACUUUGCCAUCAAGAAGAUUGACGAGCCUUUUAUCCGCGCGGACGAGAACAAGAACGAAUGGGCAUUGUAG